AUGAGUGAACAAAUUUGCAGUUGGGGAAUGACUAAAGAAGGAUGGAGAAAGGGACCUUGGACUGCUGAAGAAUAUAAAUUGCUCAUUGAAUAUGUAAAAUUGCAUGGUGAAGGCAGAUGGAGUUCUGUUGCUAAUGUUGCAGGAUUGAAAAGGAAUGCAAAAGGUAGUAGGUUGAGAUGGGUGAAUUACUUGAGGCCAGACCUAAAAAGGGGACAAAUUACACCAAAUGAAGAAAAAAUAAUUCUAGAGCUCCAUGCUAAAUGGGGAAACAGGUGGGCAACUAUAGCUAGAAACUUGGGAGGGAGAACUGACAAUGAGAUCAAGAACUAUUGGAGAACUCAUUUCAAGAAAAAGACCAAAUUGGAUCUUUCACUACAAAGGAGAGGUCUGACAGCUAUUUAA